ACGCUGCUGGAUGCGGGGCUGCAGUGCGGACAAACAGGAUCGGAGAACCUGACACCCACAGACCGCCAGCCUCUGCCGGGUCCUUGGAUCUGGUUGUGUCCCGGGUUUGACUCCCGGAUCCGGUUCUGCAGGAGGAGGACCAGUCCGCAUCCUCCUCCAUCCUCUCCUCCUCCAUCUUCCUCUCCUCCUCCAUCUUCCUCUCCUCCUCCUCCUCUUUAGCUGCAGCAGAGACCUGGAGGAGGACCCGGACCUGCACAGCUGCGGGUCUGACGCGCUCCGGGACCGGGACUCCGGUGGAUCUACAUCUGAUUUUUUUUGGUUCUGGACUCGGUGCGUCCCUGUUUUGCAGAGGGUCUGUUCAGCCGGCCAGAGGACGGACCAGGUCUGGAUUGGUCUGGAGGACUUAGAGGAGACAUAGAUGCUGGUUUAGUCCUGCAGGAGAGUGAGGCCCAAACCCCGGCCCCCCCUCAGAGGAACGGUGGGUUUUCUGGACCAGGACGUUUUGUGCCGAAAUCCAGUCCCAGAUGAAGAUUCCCAAACGGCGGAAAGGGAGCGGACGGUGCGCCAGAUAAAUGGCUCUUUUAAGCUGGGAGCUGCUCGAGUUCUGUCUGGCUGGCAGAUGCAGUGCCUAGUCCCCGGCCUCCAGGACAACGCCAACAUGAACGGGACGUCCGAGCAGGCCGACAUCCUGCCGCCGAACUGCAUGGUCAAGGACCGAUGGAAAGUGCUGAAGAAGAUCGGUGGGGGCGGGUUCGGGGAGAUCUACGAGGCCUUGGACCUGCUGACGCGGGAGAACGUGGCGCUGAAGGUGGAGUCGGCCCAGCAGCCCAAACAGGUGCUGAAGAUGGAGGUGGCGGUCCUCAAGAAGCUGCAGGGUAAAAACCACGUCUGUAAGUUUAUUGGCUGCGGGAGAAACGACAAAUUCAACUACGUGGUCAUGCAGCUUCAGGGUCGAAACCUGGCCGACCUGAGGAGGAGUCAGCCCAGAGGAACCUUCACCAUGAGCACCACCCUGCGGCUCGGGAAGCAGAUCCUGGAGUCCAUCGAGGCCAUCCACUCAGUGGGCUUCCUGCACCGCGACAUCAAACCGUCAAACUUUGCGAUGGGCCGGCUUCCCUCCACCUACAGGAAGUGCUACAUGCUGGACUUCGGUCUGGCGCGUCAGUACACCAACACCACGGGAGAAGUCCGACCGCCGAGGACUGUGGCGGGUUUCAGGGGGACGGUCCGAUACGCUUCGGUCAACGCUCAUAAAAACAAGGAAAUGGGUCGCCAUGACGAUCUGUGGUCGUUGUUCUACAUGUUGGUGGAGUUCGCCGUCGGACAGUUGCCGUGGCGAAAGAUCAAAGACAAGGAACAAGUGGGUCAGAUCAAAGAGCGUUACGACCAUCGGAUGCUGCUCAAACACAUGCCUUCAGAGUUUAAUAUCUUCCUGGACCACGUCCUGGCCCUGGACUACUACACCAAACCAGACUACCAGCUGCUCAUGUCGGUGUUUGAGAACAGCAUGAAGGAGCGGAUCAUCACCGAGAACGAGCCUUUUGAUUGGGAGAAGGGAGGAAGUGAUGUCACGCUGUCGACCAGUGCCUCCACGCAACCACAGCACAACACCAGACCCACCGCCGCCAUGGUGGGAGCCAUCGUGACCCCUGUCCCUGGAGACCUUCAGCGGGAGAACACAGACGACGUUCUGCAGGACGAACAUCUCAGCGAUCAGGAGAACGCCCCUCCGGUCCCGCCCAGCCGGCCGCCGGGGGAGACCAGCGUCCAGCACGCCGGGGAGACGGGGGAGGCCUGGGAGGACACGGACUUCAACCGCAACAGACUCAGGAUCAGCCUGAACAAGGGGGCUCAGGAGGAGGAGUCAGGUCGGGGGGCGUGUCCAGCGUCCCCUGUUCGAGGUGGAGCCCCUGAAUCGCCAACAGGUCAGGGCCGGUCGCUACGGUACCACCGAGUCAACAGCCCCGAAUCUGACCGCCUGUCAGCAGCUGAAGGCCGAGCUGACGGCUACGGACAGAGGUCCAGAAUGGACAUCCUUGGAUCUCCGUCUCGUCACGUGUACUCCUCCCAGCCGGCUCAGAUGCUGUCUGUGGACCCCGGUUGCCGGGGUGACCGUCAGGCCAGUGGUCGUCAGGAGGUUUCGGUGGCGUCGGGGGACCAGGAGGCCCACAGCAACGCCUUCAUCCGCUCCGUCCCGCUGGCCGAGGAGGAGGACUUCGACAGCAAGGAGUGGGUCAUCAUCGACAAGGAGGCGGAGCUACGAGACUUCCAGCCGACCACGUCAGGAACCACUGACGAGGAACCGGAGGAGCUCCGCCCCCUGGAGGAGCAGGAGGAGAGGAGGAGGCUCAGGGCGGGAGGAGGCGAGCUGGUGGUCCGUCCAAAGACCCACACCAGGGAGAGCAGCAGAGGGAUGCUAACGCUAACGGAGGAGGAGGCAUCCAGGAGGAGCGGUGGAAGCCCCGCCCAGUCACCGUGUCACUCGUUACCAUCAGGACGCCCCCGCCGGAGAGAGUCGGAGCCCAUUGGACCUCAGAGACCGGUCCUGUCGCCCACCGAGCCGAGCAUCCCUUCGCCGUCCUCCCCGGACUAUCGGACGAAGGCCCAAGGUGACGAGAAGGAGCAUUUCCACAUCCUCCCUCAGCUCCAGGCCAAGAGGGCCGACUUCCUCACUGUCAUGCUGACCGGCACUUUGCCUCAGCGCCGCAGCUUCGCCACGCCGGACGAGGAAGUCCCAGAACCUUUAGGGCCCAGAGAUGAUGACGUCACUAAGAGCGAGUCCAACAGUGAGGCCAGCCAGAAGAGCACUGAACGCAGCCAGGACGCCGCGCCUUCAACUCUCAUGGCGGAGGACCAGAAGGGCCAGAGGGAGCAUGCCUCAGCUGCUGAUGCAGACCCUGACCUGGAGGAUGCUUCUAAAACCCUGGUCCUCUUCUCUCCUGGUGACACUCGCAAGUCUCCCUCUGGUGCUGAUCAUGGUCUAGAGGCCGAGUUGGCCACACCAUGUGCCCUCACUUCCCGUAACCUCUUGGCCGUGGACGGGACUCAGCCGGAGCCCCCUGAGACCGGGCGUUUGUCCCCCGCUCUCAGGUCGGACCUCAGGCCUUCCACACCCAUCGCUCCCGCUUCGCCCCCCUUCACCAAAGUCGAGCGCACGUUCAUCCACAUCGCAGAGACAUCGCACCUCAACGUCAUGUCUUCCAACGGACACUCCUCCAGGGACAGUGACCGGGAAGUCUUGGCCAUCAUGAAGGCAUCAGCCGUAGAGGAUGACACCCAUGAACCAGGGGCAGAACCUGUGACAGAUAAGUCUCCAGAGGAGUCUGUUCCAGAUCAAGGUAGACUACUUGAUAAGCCCCCCAGUACUGAGAACGGUCCAUCACCUGUCCUAGGCCAGUCUUUAGAGCCUGUUCCAGAAGCCAUGUCACCUAUUCUUGAACAUAAAGACCUUUCAUUGGAUCUUAAGAAACUGUUACCGUCUAGGGAAGAAGCUGCCAAGUCUCAGACCGGAUCAGAGGGACCUGCUGCAAUAAAACCAAGAAUCAAAAGCAGAAUCCCAAUACUCAUCUCUGAAGAAGACUCAGGCUCUGAGCAGUCCUCUUCUCUCUCAGCACGGGCUAAACUGCAGCAGAGGGCCAGGCAGCUGGACUUGGCCCGCAUGCUGGUCCAAAGGCAACAGGGUCGCUGGAUGAGGAGAAGGAUGCUGUCUGGAACUUCGUCUUCUUUGUCUUCUGGGGACGAUGAGCGUCGGAGGGCUUCAGAAACUCUGUCCACCGCUGGCUCAGAGGAGGACACGCAUACCUCGGACGAGUCCAGGAGGAGCUCCCGUCUCAAACCGACAGAGGAGCAAGGCUCCAAGGAGUGCAGGAGCAGGAUCCCCAGGCCGGUCACCCCCAUUAAGAGGCCUUCAGUGGGGCUUGCUGCUGCUUCUCCAUCUCCCCUCUCCCUGCCAGAGUCCAGCGCUACCAAAGGAGCUUCAUCCUCCGCUAACGGGAAUCAGAAAAUUGGACUAAGCACUCUCAGCUCUCAACGAAAGUCCAAACCCACCCUACCCAGGUCCUCUUCCUCGUGUCCUCGCCCCGCUGCUGGCCCUGCUCCUUCAGGUAGUCCCAGAAUGCCCCUGCGAGUCCUGUUUGGAACCCGACGCAGCCUUAGCUCCACCCACUGCAGAACUGACAGCCCCUCCCCUCAGAGAGUCUGUCCGUCCAGGCAGCCCCUCUCCGUUCGAGCCCCAACCGUCCCCAUGCUACCACCCAGGACAACCACCACCACCAUGCGGCGCAGCGCCUCGCAGGAAGCCACCGCCCAGACCUCCUCUGGCACCCCGCCUGCCAGGACCCGUCCGAAACCAGCCGGUGCGGCGGCUAAAGGGAAGCCAAAUACCAGGGAGAAGUCUGUGCCCGCUAGAUAAUACAAAGAGACUCACUGCUGAGAUACGUUUGUGUAUAAUCAGUCUUCGGACACGCUACGCCUCAAAGGGUUUCACCUGAUUCCAUACCAGACUGUGAUGUUACAAAGACCUCCUUCAUUUAAUGUAUACGGAUCUCUUAUAUUUUCCAAGGACAGCUUACUAACUUUCUUCAUGGGCUUCCAGUAAUCUUGACUGAUGGUCAUACAGGAGUGUUGCUGCCAUGGUGCUAUGGAUAUGUGCUGCUCCCUGGUCUAUCCCUGGUUCCUCUGGUUUCUGGACCUGAGAAUCAGCACCCAAAACAAGUCUAGUUUCUCAGACUCUCACCUUGGGGCUGGUGUCCACAUGGCGCUUUUUUCUGACAGAUUAGAAGUCACCCUUUACAGUUUAUUAUUCAAACUGUGUGUUCUAUAAUCCAUCUGUUUAUGUUGUUUUUCACUCUGAGUGUGGGUCAGAUUCAUCCUAGUAGAGUCUAGAUCAAAUGUAGAGUCUGUACAUGGUGGUCUGGGAUUUAGUCUCAGAAGGGUUCUGGGUUGUGUUUAUAGUCAGAGUAGUGUGGACCAAUCAGGUGUCUGCAGGAAAAACAGUCUGUAUGGAGAGCAACAGCAGGAGGAACACAAUCCCGGCUCCUGUGGUCGUUAAUCUGA